AAUAUAUGUAUAAAAAACUUAAUUUAAAUUUUUUCGUUAAAAGAUUUUCAAACAUUUUCGCAAAGAUUACUCAAAAAUAGUAAAAGGUCCGAGAUGGAUUAAAUUUUAAAUUUAAACAACUAAAUUUGGAUAAUAAAUUUUAUAAAUUAAUUAUAAAUGUGCAUUAAUACUUUCGAAAAUGUUUCUGGGCCACAAUCAGACGUUAGCUUCGCUCAAAUGUAUUGCACCCACGUUUGCCCUCCUAGCUCCAAAAAUUAUUGGAGACGUCGUAAAGUGUUUCAGUUCGAAAUGCGAUGGCGGCUCUAGUAAGAAUAAAAAGUCAAAGAAAAAUGGCAAAGAUAAAAAGUCAAAGAAAGGUGGAAACGAUAAAGGAUGCGCUGAUGGUAAAGGUAAAUCGAAAGGUGAAAAGGAUAACUUAACAGCUGUAUUAUAUGGCAUUGAGGAUUUGCGACUGGAACAACGCCCCAUUCCAAAAAUUGCUGAUAAUGAGGUGCUUUUAAAGAUGGACUGCGUUGGAAUCUGUGGUUCCGAUGUGCAUUAUUUAGUUCAUGGACGCAUUGGCGAUUUUGUGCUCACCAAACCAAUGGUAAUCGGACAUGAAGCUUCAGGUGUCGUAGCUAAAGUAGGCAAGAAUGUAAAACAUCUCGUUGAGGGCGAUCGUGUAGCUACUGAGCCGGGUGUACCUUGCCGUUUAUGCAAAUAUUGCAAAGCUGGUCAAUAUAAUCUGUGUCCCGGUAUGAUAUUCUGUGCCACACCACCUUAUGAUGGUAAUCUCACACGCUACUUCAAGCAUGCUGCCGAUUUCUGCUACAAACUACCCGAUCAUAUGACCAUGGAGGAGGGUGCACUGUUGGAACCACUUUCGGUUGGUGUGCACGCUUGUCGUCGUGCUGGUGUAAGGCUUGGUUCCAGGGUACUUGUAUUGGGUGCCGGUCCAAUAGGUUUGGUAACAGUUCCAGUGGCUAAAGCUAUGGGUGCAGUACAAGUUAUGAUCACAGAUUUGGUGCAGCAACGCUUGGAUGUUGCAAAAAAAUUGGGUGCCACACAUACAUUAUGUAUUAAUAAAGACGAUUGCGCCGAAGACUUGGCAAAAAAGGUGCAUGAAAUAAUGGGUGAUGAACCAGACAAAUCGAUCGAUUGUUGCGGUGUAGAGUCCACAACGCGUCUAAGUGUUUUCGCUACUCGUUCAGGCGGUUGCGUUGUUAUUGUAGGCAUGGCUGGUGCUGAGUCGAAAAUACCCUUGAUCAAUGCAUUGGUGCGUGAAGUAGAUAUGCGAGGGGUCUUCCGCUAUUGCAAUGACUAUCCCGCAGCGCUGCAAUUAGUUGCCUCUUGUAAGAUGAAUAUGGAAUGUUUGAUUACCCACCACUUCGACAUAACAGAAACAGCUAAGGCAUUUGAAACCGCACGUCGUGAAGACAGUGGUGCCAUCAAAGUCAUGAUUCACGUGCAACCCAGAGACACAAAUAAUAAUAAGUCUAAGUGAAUACCAAUGCUGUAAUACUUAUGAGGCAAAUGAGUUAAUUAUUUUUGUAAAUAAAUAUUUUCAAAAUAAGAAUAAUAAAUGAAAAUCAAAUUUA